CAAGCCCCUCGUCUCUCCGCCUGCUGUCCCUGCUGGGGACGGGGUCAGCGGCGUGACCUGCAUCUGCUUGCGUGAUUGGAUCAUUGGAACGUAGUGAUUGGAUCAUCGGAGAUGGGCGGCCUGCUGCUGACUGGGGUGACUGGGGUAGGGAAUAUGUCCGUUCGCAGGUUACUCAAGAAUGGAUUCAGGCAGAAGGUGAUGGUGCGAAAGUGCAGGCACACUCACAGAGUAGGGUUUUACGGGCAGCAGAUGAUGAUGCAGGUUGCAGACACAGUCACAGAGCAGAGUUUUACUGUACAAAUCAGGAACCAUUCGACAGUGCAGGUUGAAGACACGGUCACUGAGCAGAGUUACUGUCCAAAUCAGGAACCAUUAGACAGUGCAGCUUGCAGACAGAGUCACCGAGCAGAUUUUGAGGUGCAUUGAAGCUGUGGUGCUUUCAUGUGAGCUCAGACCUUGCUUCAGCGAGUGAUUUAGAGGAUUAGUGGUGGUUCGUUUACUUUCUGAGAGGCAACUUCAGAAGAAAAGUUCAGAUCUCUUUGUAAAAAAAUUGUGCUAUGCAAGUGUUAGCUGUAAAUCAGGAAAAAAACACUACUGGCGAAUGGCAAGACGGUGAGGGUGCUGCCGGCGUGCAUGAACUUCCACCCGGCAUGCGUGGGCGAGUGGCUGCGGUUCAACAUGACAUGCCCGUUCUGCCGCGCUGCACCUGCUGUAGCAGUUUCCGGUCUCCUUUGCCCUGUGACACCAAUCGUCGGUGAUGGACUCCGAAGAAAGAAGGAUAGGGCUGACCUUUUUUCAUCUCUGAAGUGUUUAUAUAUGUACUUUUGUUUAUACUAGUCCACUUUUUAAUUCACCAUGGUUUAUCUUUCUGUUUGUAGAUUUUCCAGUGAUAUGAGAUUUGGUGAUUCUAUCUAUAUUUCUCUUCACGUUUGCCAUAAUUAUUUGUUCAUCACUUCCAACUCCACACCUGUAGAAAAAGCCAAGCUGAACUACCAGAACUACAGCAGAAGGCGCUUCGCUGAACAAGGCAGGAUGGUACGCCAUCCUGUGAAGCAGCUGUAUAAUGAGCUGCCACAAGCGGCACCGGCACCCGCACAAGCACAGGGGGGCCAUACCUCAUGGUGGCACAGCGAGAAGAUGGUGGGAACCCAGAUUGAGCUCCUGUUAUUACUCUAUGUCGUCAUUGGCGCCAUACAGGUGGUGGGCAAUCGGUACAGGCGCAGCAUCAAUAGCGCCUAUGUUAAGUACCCACUAUGGCUGGCAUACUCUGCCAGCCAACCCUUAGUGGCAUAUACCCUUGGUGUUAUGUACAACUCUCCGUUCAAAGAGACCAAAUCUCUGCUCACUACUAUGUUUGUUGUCGUUGCUUUGGGGAGAGUGAACACGAUGACAGCUUACAAUGUUGAUGACAACAAGCGGUACACCGCCCAGUUCUUCCGGCAUGUCCUGUUUGUGGUGAGCUACAUGUCCAUGGCCAUAACCAUCCCCCACACCUCCGGAUUUUUAGGUUGGAACGCUCUCAUUCACUCCCUGAUCGCGGUGUUCUUUCUGAUCUUCUUUCUGACCAUGAAUGGUGGAAGGACUUGCGCAAAUAUCAUGGCAAGUAGCUUCUCAGACAAGGGGAGCUUAUACCUCCAAACGCAUAUGAAGAUUGACCAACGGGCAUCUGUAGCUUAUGAUCCAGUAUCUCUUGAAGGGUACAACUACCUUGUUUUUUCUUUCGAUCAGAAGAAAGAGCACCGUAAGGAUGAACAGGAGAAGAUUGUGGAGGUGAAUGAGAAUGAUGAUGAGGAGAAGCUGGUAGUGGAGGUGGAUGAGAAGAAUGAUGAUGAGGAGGAGCGGAAGCAUGAAAAGGUUGAUGAAAAUGAUAAUGAAAAGGAGGAGGAGAUCAUGGAGGUGAAGGAGAAGGACGAUGAUGAUGAUGAUGAGGAGGAGGAGCAGAAGCAUGAAAAGGCUGAUGAAAAUGAGAAAGAAAAGGAGGAGGAGAUCGUGGAGGUGAAGGAGAAGGACGAUGAUAAUGAUGAUGAUGAUGAGGAGGAGGAGCAGAAGCAUGAAAAGGAUGAUGAUUAUGAUGAAGGGGAGGAGAAAAGUGAUGAUGAGGACGAACGGGGCCAUAUUACAGUUAGCAUGGUAUGGAGUUCCUCUUCAGGUCCGUUCGGUGGAAGUGAAGGUCCACGACUGAAGGAACUGUGCCUUUCCUUUGCCUUGUUUCAGCUAUUACGGAGGCGUUUCUUUGGGGCCGAUUGCCCUGAAGCGAAGCUUCAGAAAACUCAUGAUCUGGUCUUCAAAGGAUUCCUCUUGGAUGUAGAGAGAAACUACGAAGCUGCAUAUAGGAUAAUUGAGACAGAGCUGGCUUUCACCUACGAUCAUUUCUUCUCCACCACUCAUUCCUUAUUCAGUGCACAUGGUACCAUUAACUUUUUCCUCAGCAUUUUUUGUGUUGCGGUCAUAUAUCCUUCAGGAAUAGUAACAUUGAUCAAGGAUCUCCUGCGCUAUAAACAUGAGUCUCUCAGCUCACCUAGUAGGGUGCCAUGGGGAAGAACAGGCAUUCUGACAGGAGUAGUACUUGUCAUGCUGAGUUUUGCACUUGAGCUGCUACAGCUUUAUGUUCUUAUUUCAUCCGACUGGGCUAAGGUAGAAUUUGCCUGUCGGCUUCCAGGACUAUACUUCGGAAAAAAUCUCCCACAGUUAUUUGGUUAUUGGCAGAAUAAGAUUGGCCAGCACUCGCUAAUUAAGGAUUUGCAUGGAAAAUCAUUCAUCGCUGACCUGGUGGGGUCUUUGUCUUAUUUGUUUCAGUCCUUUCAUUGCUAUACUUCAGCUUUCCCUCGAGGAUUUGAACAUCGUGGUGUUAAGAAGGCAGAUCGCAUUCCAUUGACAGACACCGUCAAGUUGGCCAUUGCUAGAACUCUCAAAGAGAGCAAUGGUCAACUGUCGUGCGGAGUAUCAUCAUUGCGACAGAAUUUUCAAGGUGAAGAAAUUCCAUUAUGGGCAUGCAAUCACGAGACUCCUGCCAGAACCAUGUUGAUUUGGCAUGUUGCAACUGAGUAUUGUGUCAUCGCACAAUGUAAGAUUGCAGAGCUAGAAACUUUGGUACUCAACCAUCAUACUGUUGCCCAAGAAAUAUCAAGUUAUUGCGCAUAUUUGAUGGCGUUUGUGCUAGAAUUGCUCCCGGAUCAUCCUUUGGAGACCACAAAUUGUUUCAUGAAGUGAGGAACGAGGCACUAAACUUGUUGCGCAAAGACAGGACGCCGUUUGAGAAACACACAAAGAUGAAAACCUAUCACCGGCAACAUGAGACGACCUUUGCGUCGGGGAUCUGGUUAGGGAAGAAGCUUGAAGAAAUGAGAGAUGACAGUCGGUGGAAGAUGCUGGCAGAUUUCUGGACUGAAAUGAUAUUGUACGCAGCUCCAUCGGACAAUGCAAAGGAUCAUAUACAGCAUCUGGCAAAUGGAGGUGAGUUUCUAACACACCUGUGGGCGUUGCUCUCCCACGCUGGCAUUCUAGAGAGGGAUCAACAGAUCCAUGGCCAUCCUCCUGCAGAAUGUUUUGCACCUCGCGAAGCAACAACCUAUGCUGAUGAGCAGACGUGCAGAAAUGAUCAGCAGCUGGAUCCACUGCUUCACUCCCGUUCCGUUCAAGCUACACAGCUACGGCAAACGGAGGUAGAAAUGACUGCAUCAAUGGAGCGUCGUAUUGAUAUUUCUGAAGUUUCAAGCUCCACCAAGCAGGCCUGAGUGAAUAAGUGUGAGGUCUCUUCACUGUCAGGUGGUAUAAAAUUGUGAGAGUUCAGUUGUUUGCUAGUACUAGUCAAUUUGUUUGAUGCCUCCAGUUGUAAGACCUGUUAUGACAAUCUAGUUGAUUUGUGUUGCUUCCAGUAAUUUACUGUGCCUUUCACUCUGUAAUAUGGUUGUGAUUUCCACUCAAGAAGAUGGUUGUGAUUUGUUA